GUAAGAGAGAAGGGCAUUGUGGUUCGACAUAGUGGAAGCUUUGUUUUGGGAGUCACAGGCACUGAGAGUAGUGUAACUGAGAGGCAGGCUGGAGCAGAAAUAGCACACAUGUUAAGUGUUGAUGGCUUUAGUGAAUGGAACGUAAGACCACUCCAUACGUUGACGUUUCAUUCUUUGUUAAUCAAGAGUUGGGUAAUAAAAUGUGAGCUAUUUUUAAACACUGUAUCCACUUGGCCCCUAGUUUAUAUAAGUCGAUGCCACACCCAUCUGACUGUCCCACCCCUCAGACUUAAAGUGUUGAAGGAACAGAUCCCCAACCAGCCAGUGUAUAUGUGUGUGUAUUUGUGUGUGUGUGUGUGCAUGUGCGUGUGGUGAUUUUUUCCCCCGCUUGGUCACAUCCUAAUUUGUAGGAUCACUGCUGAACAAGUUUUGAGCUAACAAGCAUCCAGAUUGUGGAAAAUAAUGGCACUACAACAGGAUAAAGAACCAAGCAUUGAGCUCUUCAUAAAGGCAGGCCAUGAUGGAGAGAAUGUGGGGAACUGUCCCUUCUGUCAGAGUCUCUUCAUGGUGCUGUGGCUGAAAGGAGUCAAAUUCACAGUUACUACAGUCGAUAUGAGGAAGAAGCCAGAGGAGUUGAAAGACUUAGCUCCAGGGACUAACCCUCCUUUCCUCCUAUACAACGGGGCCCUUAAGACUGACUUCAUGAAGAUUGAGGAGUUUCUCGAGGCAACUCUUGCCCCUCCCAGAUACCCUCAUCUCAGUCCUCUGAAUAAAGAGUCAUUUGAUGUGGGUGCUGAUAUUUUCGCCAAGUUUUCUGCUUUCAUCAAGAACAGUCCAAAUAACCGAGUACAAGAGCAGGCUUUGCUAAGGGAGUUUACACGCCUUGAUAAUUAUCUAAACACACCACUGCCUGAGGAAAUAGACCACAACUCCACCGAGGACAUUUCUGUCUCCAAGAGGAAGUACCUCGAUGGCAACCGCCUGACGUUGGCAGACUGCAACUUGCUGCCCAAAUUACAUGUGAUCAAGGUUGCUGCCAAGAAGUACUGUAACUUUGAGAUUCCGGCUCAUUUCACUGGCGUACAUCGCUACUUGCAGUAUGCAUAUGAGAGAGAGGAGUUCAGACAGACUUGUCCAGCCAGCGUUGAGAUUGAGAAAGCCUAUCUGAGUGUUGCUAGCAAGAGGACAUAAAUCUCCAGCUAAGACAGUCUUGCAUUUCCACCAACUCUAUACAUGAAGGAGGACAUUCAGCCUAAAUUUUGUAAAUAGCUUUAAAUUAAUUAAAGUGUCAGGUUCAGUUUAAAUAACUGAAUUCUGUGAGUGUGGUAUAAUAUUGAGUAUAAUAUUGAAAUGUUUAUUAAUGUGCUGAAUUGUGCUAGAGUGCCAUUUAAUGUUGAUUUUUUUCCCCCCAUUUAUUUAGCCCAUUAACAUAAAACACUAGAGAUUCAGAUAAGUAAUUCUCUAGAAAUGUUAUUUAAUGAUGAAUAAUAUCUUAAUUUGUCAUAUUGGCAUGUUAUAUUUUUCAAACAGGAAUCCCUGAAUAAUUGCUUUAUAAUUCACUUGCAUAACCCCUUAUGUAGCCUAUUAAAUGAGUCAUUUGUGCAAUUUAAUGUA